GUGAGUUCUUCAAUUCCUUCCAUGGAAUUGGCGUCUUCAUCAUCCAAACUGCAACGGAAGUACGAUGUGCUCAUCAACUUCACUGAAAUAGAAGACAUUCGCAAGAAAUUUGUUUCUCAUCUCGAUUCUGCCCUCUCUGCUAAUGGGCUCACCACUUUGCUUCACCACGAGAAUGCAUUGCAGCCAUUGCACAUCCAACAACCUAUUCUUCAUCUGUGUCGGGUAGCAAUUGUUGUUUUCACCAAAACUUAUUCUCAAUCUGCUUGGUGUCUUCAUCAGCUUCAACAAAUAAUUGAAUGGCACCAAACUUAUUCCCGACAUGUUCUGCCCGUAUAUUACGAAAUUGAGCCAUCUGAUGUACGUCUUCAGAAGGGUGAUUUUGGAGAAGCCUUUAAAGCAACUGCACACCAAACAUUUUCUGAACAACAACUGGAGGAUGGCGUGUCCAGGUGGAGCCACGCACUCACCAAAGCUGCGAAUUUCUUUGGAUGGGAUGAGAGCAAUCACAGGAGUGAUGCAGAACUAGUGGACACAAUUGUUAAGAGCGUUCUUAAUUUACCAGUCUUGUCUGUUACUAAAUUUCCGGUUGGAUUGCAAUCCCAAGUGGAAGAUGUGAUUCGAACUAUAAAAAAUAAAUCAAUGGAAGUGUGUAGGAUAGGGAUAUGUGGAAUGGAAGGAUCGGGUAAAACGACCCUUGCCAAAGCCAUCUACAAUCAAAUUCAUGGUACAUUCAUGGAGAAAAGUUUCAUUGAAGAUGUUUCAGAAGUCAAUCGAACAAGAGGGUGUAUUCAUUUACAAGCACAACUUCUUUCAGAUGUCCUAAAAUCAAGAGUGGAGAUUCAUAGCGUUGAGAUGGGAACAAGUAUGAUUCAGGAAAGACUUCAUGGGAAAAGGAUGCUAAUUGUACUCGACGAUAUGAUCAAUGAGUACUAUCCAUUAUUCGACCUUAGGAAAUGUUGUGCAUGGUUCGGUAAAGGAACUGUAAUUAUCAUCACAACAAAAGAUGUAGAGCUACUGAGGAAGCACCAAGUUGAUUCUAUUUUUCGGAUGAAUCUAAUGAAUGCAAAUGAGUCCCUUGAGCUUUUUAGUUGGCAUGCAUUUCGAGAAGCAAAACCAAAAGAAUACAGCGACCUUGCAAAAACAGUAGUUACUUAUUGUGGAGGACUACCUCUUGCGCUUGAACUCAUUGGAGCUUGUUUAUUUGAAAGGACGAAAGAAGAAUGGAACAGAGUAUUGUUAAGAUUAGACAAUAAGAUUUAUUCUUUGAUGUAUGUUGUUCCACUGAUAUUGAAAAUAAGCUUCGACGGUUUAAGGAAUAAAAUUGAAAAAGAUUUAUUCCUUGAUAUAUGUUGUUUCUUUGUUGGUAAAGGCAGAGCCUAUGUUAAGAAGAUGCUGAAUGGCUGUGGAGUUGACCCUGAUAGUGGAAUAAGAGUUCUGAUAGAGCGUAACCUCAUAAAAGUUAAAAAGAACAACAAAUUUGGAAUGCAUCCUUUGCUACGAGAUAUGGGAAGAGGAAUUAUUCGUGAAAAUUCAAAAGAGGAACCUGGGAAGAACAGCCGAAUGUGGUAUGAUAGUGAUGCAGAAUAUGCACUGUCAGAGAAUACACUACUUUCAUCACAGAGGACAAAAGUCAUUCAAGGAUUGCCUGAGAAACUGUUUUUAACCAGUACAGAUGGCUUCAAACCUUCUCCUUUAAAGGAAACAAACACAUCAAGAAUGUUGAAACUCACUGGAGAUUCUGGGUACGUUUCUAAGAAAUUGAGAUGGAUCAGUUUGCGAGGGUUUCCUUCAGAAUACCUACGUAACAAUUUUUAUCUCCAUGAUGCAAUAGCAAUUGAUUUAAAACACAGUCUUCUUCGAUUCGUCUGGAAACAACCCCAGGUUUUGCUUUGGCUAAAAGUUCUUAAUCUUAGUCACUCCAAGUACUUGACAAAAACCCCUGACUUUAUCGGACUACCACGUCUUGAACAACUCAUUCUCAAAGAUUGUCCACGUUUGAACGAAGUACACCAAUCUAUUGGAUGUCUUUGCUAUCUUACACUGCUAAAUUUAAAGGACUGUACAAGGCUAAGCAAUCUCCCAAAAGAGAUAUAUGAGUUGACAACUUUGCAAACUCUCAUUCUUUCUGGUUGUUCGAAAAUUGACCUAUUGAAAAAAGAUAUAAUGCAAAUGGAAUCCUUGGUAACUCUAAUUGCUGAAAAUACAGUUGUGAAACAAUUGCCUUUUUCAAUGGUAAGUUCAAAAAGCAUUGGAUAUAUAUCUUUAUGUGGACUUGAGGGAUUGUCACAUAAUCUCUUUCCUUCUAUCAUUCGGUCUUGGAUGUCAUCAACAAUGAACAAGCUGUCUCAUAAACAUUCGUUUUGCAUGGAUAUGGAAGAUAAUAGUUGGGAUGAUUUUGUGCCAUUUCUUAGCAGUCUUGCAAAUCUUCGAAGUGUUUUGGUGCAAUGUGAUACCGAAUUUCAACUAUCUAAGCAAGUAGAAACUAUUAUGAUUGAAUAUGGAGCAAAUAUUACAGAAUCAGGAACUUCAAAGCAGCACUUCAAGUCUUCUUUGAUUGGUGUUGGUAGAUGCAAAGAUUUCUUCAAUGCUGUCAGUGAUAGAAUUUCUGAGGUAUUUGCAAGCAGUGAGUCAUGUGAUAUUUCUCUUCCAAGUGACAAUGAUCCUUAUUGGUUGGCGCAUAGAGGUGAAGGACAUUCUGUUUCUUUCACUGUGCCUCAGAACCGUGUAUUGAAGGGAAUGGCUUUAUGUGUUGUUUAUUUGUCAAAUCCUGAAAUUCUGACAACUGAAUGUUUUAGAAGCGUCUUAAUUGUUAAUUACACAAAGUGCACAUUACAGAUGCACAACCAUGGGAUGGUAAUUAUCUUUAAUGAUAUAGAUUGGCAAGGUAUAAUAUCAAAUUUAGGAUCAGGAGACAAGGUGGAUAUUUUUGUGAUAUUUGGUCAUGGAUUACUAGUCAAAAGAACAAUUGUCUAUCUGAUAUGUGGUGAAUCAAAUGACAUACAAAAGGAGCCUGCGCCAAAGAAAAAUUCCCUGACUAGAUUUAUAAAGAAAAAGGAAAAGUGAAUUUUGGUAAGUCAUUAUCUUCUUUUGAGAAGAGCAGGAUCCCUUAAGUUAUGGAAUUAAUCCGUGUGUCCUUGAUUGUAAUUUAUUUUUUCUCAAACUUUCCUUGUGUUUCUUUCAGUUAAGAAAUUCAUCUUUGUUUUACUCUGUUUCUC